AUUAUUUUGGAUAUUCUCCAGCCAAAGCCGUUUCAGAGGUAGAGGAGAUUCAACCUCAGGACGAUAAAAGCUUCCGUGUCUCGAAAACAGACACCUCGCUUCCGACUUGCUUUUGUAUUUAAACCAUGGUUCCCUCUAUCGACUGAACUCCUCAUUGAGAAAGAACUGUUUCCCGUGGCCCAUCGUUUUUUAUAGCCUAGCUAGCAUUGGAGGUUACAAUUAAUACCCGUAAGCACAAACCGGAAAUACUCAAAACAAACAAAGCAAAAUGAAUAUGUCAGGUAUGGAUAUGUCAGGGAUGGAUAUGGGCUCCACCACCUCGUCAUCGGCAAUGCAAAUGACAAUGACCCACUCCAGUGCAUCUGCAACGUCAACGGGUAUGGAUAUGUCAGGUAUGACCAUGUCCAUGUCAUCUGCAAGCAUGGCUGGUAUGCCUAGUAUGUCAAUGGACAUGUCCGGCACGGCUACCUCUGCCACAGCGAGCGCAACAUCGACAAUGGACAUGUCUGGAAUGGACAUGGGCGCCGGGAACAAGAGCUCUAUGUCGAUGACCAUGUGGAUGACAACCAAAUAUCAGAACACGCCAGUGUUUUUCAGAAGCUUGGAUGCGCAUUCGGGAGCUGCUGCGUUUGGUAUCUUUUGCGUGUUGUUCUUCUGUUCCUUCUUUUUCAGAGGAUUGAUCUUCUUGAGCUCCUACUUGGAACAGGCUGUUUUCCAUAACUACUCCAACACCAUCAUAGUCGAGGAAGACUGCGACUGCGGCCCUGCCGAUGACAAAGCAAGUCCUGCUCCAACAGUCCCAAACUCUCCUCCAUUCGGUGAAGUUAUGAAGAAACUCUUCUGGAUGGGUCCACGUGAAUUGAUGAACGAUGUCAUUAGAUUACUUUUAGCAUUUACGAUUGUCAUGUUCGGUUACGCCAUUAUGCUUGCUGCCAUGAGCUUUGUCAUUCUCUAUUUCUUUGCCAUAUGUCUUGGUCUGUCUUUUGGUGAAAUAUUCUUUAACAGAUUGUCCAUCAUACUGAACAUCAAUAAAUCAUUUGGUGCAUGCAGUGGUCUGCAUUGAGUC